AGAGCAACAGCCAAAAUUAAGCAGCAAAAUGUAUUCAAAGGGAUCUUCCUGCUGAAAAAGUUGGAAACCACUAGACUAGAUUGCUAGGAUUGUAAUGUUGCUUUCGCAGUGGCAUCAGAGAGUUAACUCCCUGCUCUGUCCUCCUGCUGUCUACACCUUAUCUGAAAGCCAGGUCUGGAGGAGCUAUAUAUUGAAGACAAUGUCUGGAAGCUUCUACUUUGUAAUUGUUGGCCACCAUGAUCAUCCACUGUUUGAGAUGGAAUUUUUGCCAGCUGGGAAAGCAGAAUCCAAAGAUCAUCAUCAUUAUCUGAACCAGUUUCUAGCUCAUGCUGCUCUCGACCACAUAGAUGAGAAUAUGUGGCUGUCAGACAACAUGUACUUGAAAACCGUGGACAAGUUCAAUGAGUGGCUUGUUUCAGCAUUUGUUACUGCAGAGCAUAUGAGAUGUAUUAUGCUUCAUGAAACAAGGUGUGACGAUGGAAUAAAGAACUUCUUUACUGGGGUUUAUGAUUUAUACAGAAAGUUUGCAAUGAAUCCAUUUUAUGAAGCCAUUUCUCCUAUUCCAUCAAACGCAUUUGACAGAAAAGUUCAGUUUCUUGGGAAGAAACACCCUUUAAGUUGA